CUCUGGGUAUAAAGUAGUGUACACCUAGCAUGCUUCUUUUGCAAUUUGAUUUAUAAUUAAAUAAAAUCUACAAAAUAUAUAGAUUAGAUAAUACUCCCUCCGUCCCAUAAAGUGUUAUCCAUUUUGACUAAAGUUGAAAUUAAGGGAGGGAUAAUUUUGUGUUGACUUUCCAAAAAUACCCUUGAUGUGAUGGGUAAAAGUAGGAUGUGAUGUGUAGAUUAUUAGGAAAAAGUCCGUUAAGUUGCGCCGUCUAUAUAAACGUAGAUUCGUUCGGAUCCCAUUCACAACAUCCAUCCAUCCUUCUAUACGGAGUUAAAUAAUUCCCUUUUUUCCUAUUCCGAUCACUACAAAAGAUCUCGCCGCCAUUGACGAUGAGUCGGUGCUUCACCGCCGCUCUUCUCUUUCUCGCGUUCUUCCUCGUCGCCGCCGCCGAUGGCCGCGGAUUUCUGAAACUGCCGUCCGAUGCUGCCAGGUUCUUCCGGCCGGCGGAGGAGAACAGAGGAGCCGAUGGCGGUGAUCCGGUCGGAACUCGAUGGGCCGUUCUUCUAGCUGGAUCUAACGGUUAUUGGAACUAUCGCCACCAGGCUGAUAUCUGCCAUGCUUAUCAGUUGUUAAUAAAAGGUGGUCUCAAGGAAGAAAACAUAGUUGUAUUUAUGUAUGAUGACAUUGCCGACAAUGAAGAGAACCCCAGGAAAGGGAUUAUCAUCAAUAGCCCUCACGGCGAGGAUGUUUAUAAAGGAGUUCCCAAGGAUUACACAGGGGACGAUGUUACCGUUAGCAAUUUUCUGGCUGUUCUCCUCGGAAACAAAACUGCUCUGACCGGUGGCAGUGGGAAGGUUGUGGAUAGCGGUCCAGAUGAUCACAUAUUUGUUUACUAUUCUGAUCACGGCGGCCCUGGUGUUCUUGGUAUGCCCACCGGUCCUAAUCUUUAUGCGGACGAGUUGAAUGCUGCCUUGAAAAAGAAGCAUGCUGCCGGAGCAUAUAAAAGCUUGGUGUUCUAUCUAGAAGCUUGCGAGUCCGGGAGCAUCUUUGAGGGUAUUCUUCCGAAAGGUAUAAAUAUCUACGCAACAACGGCUUCAAAUGCUGAAGAGAGUAGCUGGGGGACAUACUGUCCUGGAGAGUCUCCUAGCCCUCCUCCAGAAUAUGAGACCUGCUUAGGUGACUUGUAUAGUGUUGCCUGGAUGGAAGAUAGUGACAAACACAACCUAAGGACUGAAUCUCUGAAGCAGCAAUAUCGCCUGGUUAAGGAGAGAACUCUGGGUGGAAACAGUGCAAUUGGAUCCCACGUGAUGCAAUACGGAGAUUUAGAUGUGAGCAAGGAUUCCCUUUUCCUGUAUAUCGGUACAAAUCCUGCAAACGAGAACUUCACCUUCGUCGAGGGUGAAAACUCACUGAGAUUACCAAGCAGGGCGGUGAACCAGCGUGAUGCUGAUCUUUUGCAUUUCUGGGACAAGUUGCGCAAUGCCCCAGAAGGGUCAGCAAGGAAAGCGGAAGCUCAGAAACAGUUCACGGAGGCCAUUUCGCACAGAGUGCACAUUGACAACAGCAUUGCACUCGUAGGGAAGCUCUUGUUUGGAAUUGAGAAAGGUCCUAAGGUGCUCGGCAACAUUCGUGAUGCUGGCCAACCCCUCGUCGAUGACUGGACCUGCCUCAAGUCAUUUGUGAGAACGUUCGAGGGACACUGCGGAUCGUUGUCGCAAUACGGGAUGAAACACAUGCGGUCCAUCGCCAACAUGUGCAACGCGGGGAUAACGAUGGAACAAAUGGCGGAGGCGUCGGCACAGGCCUGUCCCACUCUCCCUUCUUUCACUUGGAGCUCACUCCACAGAGGGUUCAGUGCAUAAUUAAGUGAAAGAAGGAAAUGUGUAUGUAACAUAAUCAUCAUAUCAUAUAGAAAGGUAGUUUUUUCUGUGUGAUGUACCAAAUAUGCCCUUCUUGGAACGCAAGUAAAAUCUAUGUGUGAAUUCCCUAUGGUCCUGUAAUGGAGUGGUAACCCUCUGUUUCUCCUGUAAAUAGUGUCUGCUACACAUAUAAUAGCAACGCCUUGUUUAAUUUUAAUUGUUCUCGUGUUUACUAUUUAAUGGAUUAUAUUAUAGAAUUAUUGACAUAGUUACCGUUCACUGCUACUUAAAAUUAAAAAGUCGUUGACAGU